UAGAAUAUUCUAACCUCAUUAACAAUAUAUAAAUCUAAUCUUAACUAAAGUACCGUGCAAACAAGAUAACCUCUAACAACUUAAUUCCUUCUUAUCUUCAAGAUUUUCUUUUUGAUCAAAGUAGAUUCUUUGUUUUAACUAAUGGGCCAAUUCCAUAGACAAUAAGUGUAACUAUUUUGCAAAUAUAUGCUUCCCAAACGAGUAUCUAUUAUUCUUAUAUGUGCCAAUAGUUUUCAAAGUUUGAAUAUAUCAAAAUUUACAUAAAUGUCUAUCUCUUCCAAAUUGUGUUUCAAAAAACAAACUUUUUUUGUCAACAAAUAACAAACUAAAAUACAAACGUUACGUCCAAAACAAAAGUAAAUUAUUUAAAAAAAAAGAAGUUAUACAAAAUAAAAAUAUAAUCUUAUCUCAAUAAUAAUUAUUAAAAUUAGUACAAAUAUUAUCCGCGCAUGGAUCUGGAUCUAGUUAUAUUUUAAACGCUGAUCACUCAUGGAUACGCUGAUCAUUUGACACUCCUAUAGACUGUCGCCAAAACGUAUAAACAAUACAACUAUACGCGCAUUUUAAAACUCGUACAUAUUUAGCAAAUUUUGACUUUUUUGAGAGUUAGAUUAACAGAAUAAUAGGAUCACCGCAUGACCAUUUCUUCAACUCCAAAUAUAAUCAUUUCUCAAAAAAAACACUCUCACUUUCUCUCUCUCCCUCUUUCUGUUGCCAUCUUUGAGUUUUGCUCGAAUCCAAAGGUUGAUUUUAACUAAAAUCAUAUUAGAUUAACCAAGAGACUUUGGUUUUUGUUUGUUUCUUAAGUUUUGCUUGGAAGAAUCAAUAAUGGGUUUGGAAGAUGAGAAGAAGGGAGGAGAAGCAUCAGGAGAAACAUCAGACAGAGAAAAUAGGCUAAGCAGAAUGAACAGUGAGAGCUCUUUGUCUCCGACCGAAGAUGAUGAUGAUGACGACGAAGACAGGAAGCCCGAACUCGGUCCCAUGAUCGCUCUCAAAGAACAGCUUGAGAAAGACAAGGAUGAUGAAAGCUUGAGAAGAUGGAAGGAGCAACUUAUCGGCGUGGUGGAUCUUGAAGACGUUGGAGAGACAUCGGAUCCUGUAGUAAAGAUACUACACUUGACAGUUAGGUCUCCAGACAGAGAUGAGAUGGUAUUGACGAUACCUGAUGAUGGUGUGCCGAACCCGAAAGGUCCUUGGUUCACCAUAAAGGAAGGAUCUAAGUACACCCUUGUCUUCAACUUUCGUGUUACCAACAAUAUUGUUUCUGGACUUCGCUAUAACAAUACCGUUUGGAAAACCGGUGUCAAGGGUAAUUUUAAAUUUUUGUGUAAGAUAUAUUCUCCAAGAAAUUAUCUAUUAAUAGUUGGUGUUUUUCUUGUUGGGGCAGUGGAUAGUACGAAAGCAAUGCUUGGGACAUUUAGUCCCCAGGCUGAGCCUUACCAACAUGUGAUGCCUGAAGAAACCACGCCGUCUGGUAUAUUUGCUAGAGGAUCCUAUUCCGCAAGGACAAAGUUCAUUGAUGAUGAUAAUAAGUGCUAUUUGGAGAUCAACUACACCUUCGACAUCCGCAAAAAUUGGCAAUGAUUUAUCAGAUUCAACAUUUUCUUAAGUCUAAAACUAUAUAGACAAAGCUCUUCUGAUAACAUUCAUUUUUAUCUUACAUACGACUUCAGACUAGAAAAUUUAUUUAGCUUUCGAUUAAACGAGCAUGAAUAAAAAUAUCGUUCGAAGCUUUAAUCUAAUUUCCUCUUCACUU